UUGUGCUGCUGGCAGAAUUCUAGUUCAUAUUCUAAACUGCCUGGUUUGAGUUCUACAUAUUUUUUAGCUGUUUAGUUCUAUGUUUUAGUUUAUUUCGCUUAAUAGCAAAUCACCAUGUCGGUGGCGUUUGCACCUCAUAGACAACGUGGAAAGGGUGAUAUAACACCCACUGGAAUUCAAAAGUUACUGGAUGAAAACAAUCAGCUGAUUCAAUGUAUAAUGGACUUCCAGAGCAAAGGAAAGACAGCAGAAUGUUCACAGUACCAGCAGAUGCUCCACAGAAAUUUAGUUUACCUGGCCACAAUAGCAGACUCCAAUCAGAACAUGCAGUCUCUGCUCCCUGCUAAGUGUGACUCCCCUACUCCCCCAGAGGUAAAGCUUGAACCUCCUACUCAGAACAUGCCCAUGGGCCCUGGUGGGAUGAACCAGAGCGGAGCGCCGGGCCCCCAGCCCCCCCACGGACACAACAUGCCCUCUGAGGGCAUGGUCAGUGGCGGACCCCCAGCCCCACACAUGCAGAGCCAGAUGAACGGACAGAUGCCUGGGCCUAAUCACAUGCCUAUGCAGGGCCCUGGGCCGGGUCCCAACCAGCCCCCCAACAUGCCUGGCAGCGGCUCCAUGAACAUGCCCCCCAGCAGCCAUGGCUCUAUGGGCGGCUACAACCACGCUGUGCCCUCCUCUCAGAGCAUGCCUGCCCAGGGCCAGAUGAACAUGACCCAAGGACCCAUGGGUAACUACGGCCCCCGGCCCAACAUGAACAUGCAGCCUAACCAAGGCCCCAUGAUGCACCAGCAGCCUCCCUCCCAGCAGUACAACAUACCCCCUGGAGGUGGCGGGCAGCACUACCAGGGCCAGCAGAACCCCAUGGGCAUGAUGGGCCAGGGGAACCAUGUGAUGGGGCAGAGGCCCAUGCCCCCUUACAGACCCCCACAGCAAGGACCCCCUCAGCAGUACCCAGGGCAGGAAGACUACUAUGGGGACCAGUACAGUCACGCAGGACAGGGAGCCUCAGAAGGUGGUUUACUACAGCCACCGUUCCCUGAUCAAGGCUUUGAUCCCUCAGAACAAUACUACCAAGGAGAGCGAGACCCAGCAGCCAACCAACAGUCCCCCUAUGAAAAAGAUAAUGAGCGAGACCCAGCAGCCAACCAACAGUCCCCCUAUGAAAAAGAUCAUGGUAAUGCCCAGUAUGGCCAGCAGCAGGAGGCCUACCAGCAAGGUCCUCCCCAGCAGCAGGGCUACCCCCCACAGCAGCAGUACCCCGGACAGCAGGGAUACCCUGGACCGCAACAGGGCUACGGUCCGUCCCAGGGAGCCCCAGGCCAGUACCCCCAGGGUUACCCCCAGGGUCAGGGGCAGCAGUACGGGGCCUACCGGGGCCCCCAGCCCGGCCCCCCUCAGGCCCAGCAGCAACGCCCAUACCCAGGCUACGAUCAGGGACACAUGAGGAAAUAAAGACCCAGGGAUUUGAACCCCUGACUAGUUCUGUAAGAAGCAAAGGGUCAAUAUGGAAAUUACCAGCAAUGAGAGAUGGUCAUGGCAGUCACUCAGUCAGUCACCAAGAGCCCUGCUCUGACCUCUAACCUCUGACCUCUGUACAACUGUUAUCUGGACUUUUAUAACGGCUGCAGCUCACAGAGACGCCCACACACACACACACACACACUUUGCCCUCUGUAUCCCCUAUGUCUGGGCCUUAUGUAAUGAGAUGAUUGUGUUCACUUCCAUUUCUCCCAUUCUGGUCUGAGUUAAGUCUCAAAGCAGCAAUGCCUUAAAACCAAACAGAGCUGCCUUAUCCAGAGCACUGCAGAUUGCGAAAAGGGCAAGAAAUUACACGUAAAAUUCAUUUUGUCUAUAUCACAGAGGACAGAAGUAUACAGAACUGAACUUCACACUCUUGUAUGGCAAUGUUUCUCCAUCUAAUAGCCCCCUUUUCAUAAGAAGCAAUAAUGCCAAUGGGAAGUGAAGGGGUGGGACGAGGAUGGAGUGAGGAGAUUUUACACCAGAAGCAAAAUUCUGUAAGGCUAUGUUAUAUGUCAAGGUCAACAUAUGUGAUGAUGAUGUGAACAUGUAUUUUAUGAUUUUUAGAUGGAGCUAAUUUUGUAUAAGAAUUUGGAGUACUGUUGAAUAUUGUUUCUUUUUUCCUCCUGAAGUAUUAUGUCUCUUGAUGUAAAUUGUGAUUAACAUUGUUUUCAUCUGCUAUUUUGCUUGUUCUUCUGUUAUUUGUACCCCCUGAUUUCCCUUUGCUUCUUCAAUGACUUGUACAUUGAAUAUGUGCUUGGGGUGAACAAAUUGAAUGCUUUGGUUUUAUGAAUGGAUUGUACAUAGAAAGCCCUCAAACAAACUGAGAACACCUAUCUGUGUUGGAGCAUCAGUGGUGAAACAUUAUUUCUUUGGGCAACAGAACAUGACCUGUGAGUGGGGCUGUAUUCUGACUUUGAGAUCUACAGUAUGUGUGUAACUAGGGUUGCAAAGCUACCGGUAAUUUACCAAAGUUACUGGAAUAUUGUGUAAUUUUAGUAAUUAAGAGAAUCUAUUGUAACUUUGGUAAUCUAGUAAUCUAUACUUGAAUAACUUUUAAAAACUGAAUUCGUAUAUAGUGUUCAUUUAUUAUAUAUGACCAUAUUGUCCAUGAGUUUUAUAUUAGAUAGUAGUGCGGCAGGUAGCGCGUUGGGCUAGUAACCGAAAGGUUGCUGGUUUGAAUACCUGAGACAAGGUGGAAAAUCUGCUGACUUGCCCUUGAGCAAGGCACUUAACCCUAAUUUCCAUGUCAAACACCACAUUUCUCUGGACUUAUCUAGUGUAUGUGACAUUUUUUUAUUUUACCAUAUUUUUCAAGAGAAAAUAACCUAAUUAAUGGCAAAAAGCAUCUAAUCAACAAUUACAUUAUUUUUUUCACUAAUCUAAUGAUUUACUUUUUUCACAACUGCCACCAGUUUGAUGCCCAAACAUUAAUAAAACAUAUUGACAUAAAAUAAAUAAAUGUUCGUAUAAAGGAAUUUUACGCUGAAACCCUCAUAUUAAACACCAAUGAAUGGUAUUCAUUUAGUUUAUUUAUAUUUAGGAUUGUUGAACAGCUUUGUCAUAUUUUUUUUACCUCUCCGGUAUCGGUGUCCCUAGACCGGGACGGUUGUUGCUAACGUAUGCUAAUGUGACUAGAAUGAUGUAAGUAACACCCAACUUUCCAGGACAUAGACAUGUCUUAUAUGGGCAGAAAGCUUAAAUUCUUGUUAAUUUAACUGCGGUCCAAUUUACAGUAGCUAUUACAAUGAAAAAAAUACCAUGCUAUUAUUUGGAGAGUGCACAACAACAAAACACUUAUCAUGGCAACUGGUUUGAUACAUUCACCUCUGAAGGUAAAUCAUGUACUUACAUUUAGUAAUCUUGCUCUGAUUUGGCAUCCUGAGUGUCCCAGAGAUAAAAUGUUGCAUAGUUUUGAUUUAUAAAAUACAUUUUUAUAUUCAAAUAUCGGAACUGGGUUUUGUCUCCGGCCCUGCCCGGCCAUCUAGAUGUGUGAAGGUUAGUGUUUUUUUUCUGUAGGGAAGCUAAUUAUCAAUCAUGUAUGACAUUCCUGAAUGUGUGUAAACUUUCAUUUUUUAUUACCAUAGCAUUUUUGUAUGUUCUCUAUAGUUAUGUACUUGAAAAUGUAUCAAUUGACCAAUUCGGCACAUUUGGGCAAACUCCUGGCAGACUUGAUACAAAAUAUAGUGUACUAAUAUAAUGCUUCACUGGAUCAGUCUGAAACUUUGCGCACACACUGCUGCCAACUGGUGGCCAAAAUCUAAAUUACACCUAAACUCCUAUCUGAUUGUAUGGCCUUUCUCUUGCAUUUCAAAGACAAUGGAACAAUUAUUAUUUUCUGAAAAUGCAUUUUUUUGUUUGUUAUCUUUUACCAGAUCUAAUGUGUUAUUCUUCUACAUUAAUUUCACAUUUCCACAAACUUCAAAGUGUUUCCUUUCAACUGGUAUCAAUAAUAUGCAUAUCCUUGCUUCAGGUCCUGAGCUACAGGCUGUUAGAUUUGGGUAUGUCAUUUUAGGUGGACAUUUAUAAAAAAUAAAAAAAAUGGUCCGAUCCUCAUCUGAUUAAAAUAUUUCAGAUAUUUUACAUGUUGUUACCCACACAGAGGGCCAGAGAUUAUUAGACACUUGUCAUAAUCUGAAUUACACAAAUGGGCCACUAGAUGUUUUCUGACAGAUUUGUAAAAAAAAAAAAUCCUUGGAAGAUAAAAACAAUUCUGGUAGUUUACAGGUCAACUUAGAAUGUUUCAAGUAAUACACCCUCCCUUUGCAAACCUAAACAAAGCACAAAGCAUUCAUAAAGUGUCUCAGAUUAGGACAGCUGAAUUGGGAUCAGUUUUGCCUUUUAGAUAAUAUGUAAGAAUAAAUAGAUAGAUCCUAGAUCAGCACUCCUAGUCUGAGACUGUUUAUUAAUAGGGCCCCUGAAUGCUUCCAGUACCCCCUGCUUCUCCUAAAAGUUGAAUUUAGAAGCAUGUAUUUUAUGGCCUUGGCGCUUCAGUGUACUCUGUUAUAUGUAGCUGGAUAAGAGGUGAAUUCAGUUGGGGGAUAUUCCCAAAAUAUGUCUAAUGUGCAUCGGACGCAGCUCUCUGGAGAAUAGUGUCUGCUCGAUACAUUACGUUUUUAUCUGCAACUUUCUGAACAUUUUGCCCGUGCUGAAUAUUCCCAUAAAGUGUCUGAGGGAGUGCAUUGACUACAGACUGCUCGUUCAGACUUUCGUACAUUCAGUAUGUUCAGCCCCACAUAAGCUUGUUUCAGACAGAAUGAGUCUUCUUUACAAUGUUGGAAGACAUUUCUCCCCUGAAUAAACUUUUACGUUUUUGUCAUUUAAGAAAAUGUAAUGUUGUAUGUUAACCACCAACAAAAUAAUAUGAGUUAUGGAGUAUAAUGUAAGUAACCACCAACAGAAUAAUAUGAGUUAUGGAGUAUAACGUAAGUAACCACCAACAGAAUAAUAUGAGUUAUGGAGUAUAACGUAAGUAACCACCAACAGAAUAAUAUGAGUUAUGGAGUAUAACGUAAGUAACCACCAACAGAAUAAUAUGAGUUAUGGAGUAUAACGUAAGUAACCACCAACAGAAUAAUAUGAGUUAUGGAGUAUAACGUAAGUAACCACCAACAGAAUAAUAUGAGUUAUGGAGUAUAACGUAAGUAACCACCAACAGAAUAAUAUGAGUUAUGUGGAGUAUAACAUAAGUGUUACGUUAUACUCUAAACUGAGUGUCUUGUUGUAAUGAUUUGAGAUACAUUUCCUAUGAUGUCAUGCAACAUUUCACUCUUAGACAGACUGUGGUUGUGUUAUUUUAUGAAACCUUGGGCUUGAUAUACAUUUGUACAAUAUGCAUACAUCAUGCACAUAUUAUAGAGAAGAUAGAAGUAUGGUGAUUGGUUUCCAGUCAGCCUCAAAGAUACUAACCUUGGUAUGCUUUAGUACAUACCUUGUAAUUAAUGUUUUGUUUUUCAUUUACCCUGUAGCCAACAUGAUGUUACUGUAAGUGUCAUUGUGAUGUGAAACUGUACAGUAUGUCACCGAAAAACUGCAACAAUAAAUUGCUUGAAUUUUUUUAA